GGGUGAGAACGUGGCUAAAUGUCAGGUGAGGAACGCGUAUUACGUAAGAGAUGCGUGAUUGGCAGUGCGCCUCAGUGCGCAUUAUUGCGUACGACGAACACUCCAACUACUGUCGAUAUGCCACUAAACUCACAGAUGAGGCUUUUGCCAUUGAGACAGAUUGAGCUGCCCCUCUUGCAGGCCAUCCCGGAGCUGAAAAUACGAAGUGAUCAAGAUGUGGAAGUCUGGAAAUCUACGAAGGGAUAUGCAGAUUACCUGUUGUUCCUACGCCGGCUGAGUGAAGCAGUGGUUGACUACACGCUUCCUCCAGUGAACCUCCCAACACAGAGCCAGGAAAUCGACCGAAUACUUGAUCUCCUGGAUACAUUGUGGGGCUGGGUUGACGAAAUCCCGCCGCUUCAGACGCCUCAGCGCUUCGGUAAUCUUGCAUUUCGUACAUGGGGAGCUCGCUUAGAGGAGCGCUCUGACGAGCUUCUCUCGAAACUGCUUGGCGAGAAGUUUGUCUCCGCUUUUCCAUAUCUGAAACCUUACUUGCUCACGUCGUUCGGGUCCUUCCUGAGGAUGGACUACGGGACCGGUCAUGAAACAUCAUUCGCUAUCUUCCUUCUUUGCCUGACCCUCAUACGAUUUGUAAAACCUGAGCCAGAUGAAGAGCGACAUUUGGUUCUCAGCGUUUUCUUACGCUAUCUCCAACUGUGCUGGAAAAUUCAGGAUGUCUACAAGUUGGAGCCUGCCGGGAGCCAUGGCGUUUGGGGACUCGACGAUUAUAGCUUCCUUGGAUAUAUCUUUGGAAGCGGACAGUUACGAGACCAGACGGAUAUUACUGUAGCUUCCGUCCUAAACCCCCCGCUUCCCCAAAGCAACUUAUACUUCAUGUCUAUUAUGCGGAUUCAUCAAGUCAAACAUGGUCCUUUUUACGAACAUUCGUCUCAGCUUCACUCAAUCGCCGUUGGGGUUCCUAAUUGGGGGAAAGUCCACAAUGGAUUAUUCAAGAUGUAUGAGGUGACGACGACCCUUCAUUCUCUAUGCCAGACCUUCUCGUUGAUUAUCCUCUCAUCAAAUUAUACUUAGGCAGAAGUUCUUGGCAAGAGG